GGCAACGGUCAAUUUUUUGUCUGUAGGAGCAAGCAAACACAUAGAGGGGUCCAUUGAAGUCUGGAAAUUGGCUGGUGCAGAAAGUCACGGGAUUUGAUCCAAACCCUCUCCAAAAGACUCUCCUGACACUACUAUUAAUACUUAUCUCCUUCGAAGAUAGUUUUUUUUCUUCCUAUAUGAAAAUCAAUAACCAGUCAUGGUGGAAAUGGAAGCUACCUCCUCUUCUGCUCCAAUGGCUUCCUCAUUCCAUGAACAAGAGAGACUGGACUUGAAAUCCAUUUGGGCAGUUGUCAUUUCAGUCAAUAGUUGCAUUCACAAACUCAUAUCAAAUGCCAAAGCUAGAAAUUCUAUACGUCUCAGAUGCACCUUCAAGUUUAGUGCUCAAAAAGAGGAAUUCUUCGAAUUUUCAGAGCAAUCUGUCAUAUCAAAUCUUUACUGGGGGAUUGACAGCAUUGAAGCCGCGAUUCGAGCAAAAUGUCCAGAACAAAAAGCCUCUCUGCUCAAGAAGGCAGAGCAAAUGCUGCAGGUUCCCGCGCUGCUCGAUGAACAUGGAGUCACAGCAGGAUUUAAGAACUGCUGUUUGGUGUGCUGCUCAUACUUUUACCUCUCAGUGGUUAGGAAGCUCCAAGAGGAUGAGUGGCAGGUUGCACUGCAUUUCCUGCAGGCAGUUCUGGUGUUCCCAAGGCUUGUUCAAACAGAAUUCGCACCCGAACUUUGCGAAAGGCUUUUCGCGUCAUGCACCACCAACUCUGGAAAACAAGAAACAAGAGAAAGUAGAAGCUUGGGAUCAAUUUUUUCGGCGGCUUACAUAGAGGAUGACAAAGAUGAAGCAAUAAGGCAGAUGGCAAGGGUGUAUAGGGAUUGGCUGAUGUAUUAUCAGGUCAUGUUAUAUGGAGAGACAACUCAGUUGCACUGUGGAUACAGAGAAAUGUUUUCCCCCGAUAAUGAGUCACAAUAUUCUAUGCAUGGGAAAUCGAGCAGCUCAGGCUCUUCGAAUACAACGGAGCAUGAACAUAGCUUGCACCCUCACUGGAAUCAUCAAAAGGUUCACCCUUUUGAUCCUCAACAAGAUACUGGUGGUGGCAUGGAAGAAGAACUCAAGACUUCCAUCUACAUCCCGGAAUUUGAAGAAUAUGAGGAAACCACAAAAGAUUUGGAUCAAGCAACACAUUUUGAUGUUAACAAUUUCCUAAGCAGUUCAAGUAUCAAAAGACUCCAAGAUAUGCUGGAUGACUACCAAUCGGAUAUGCGAACUUCAGUGGAUUCGUGCUCUGAAUUUUCUGCAUAUGACAUUGAGUCAGAGGUAAUGGAUGAUGGGGAAUGCUCAAUGCCAACCACAAGAAUAAGUGCAGAUCUCCCCAAGUCAGAAAUUUGUGAUUGGAAGCUGCAGGAUUCAGUGCCUAAAGAAGCCCUUGAAGUAAAUCAUUCUAUGUUACUUGGCAGCAGAUGCCCAAUCAAUUUAACUUUAACUAUUUCAGAACAUAGAGAUGAAAAGCCAAACAUCCUUCAGAGUUGCUACGUAGAGAAUGAGUGUGCAUUUCAGAAGAACUAUAAGAUCAACCAGAUGGAUCACAAAAGAAGUAAUUCAAGGAGAAAACAGAAUUUGCAUACCCCAAAAAGCUUUCUUGAAGUAAGUGUAUAUUCUGCAAAAGAUUCCAAAAGUGAAUUACUUGGUAUCACUGAAAAGGCAAUUUCAAAACUAUUGUACUUGGAAGGAUUAGGAAAAUGGGAUGAAGAUUGUGCUUUAGAAGUUACAACAAUAUAUGAAUUAUUAGGCAAAAGGAAUGGAGAGAAAUGUGCUAUCUUGAAAGACAUGAUAUUGGAUCAACUGCUAGCAGGUAUUUCAACUUCAAAGGAGGAAAUGGUUAUAAGGGCAUCAGUGUCCAUACUAACCAGUAUUGUUGCAGCAAAUAAGUCAGCUAUAGAAGACAUCAAGAAGAAAGGUCUACAGCUGUCUGAUUUGGCAAGUGCUCUAAAAAGAGAUGUGCAUGAGGCAUCAAUACUGUUUUACUUGAUGAAUCCAUCUCCUGCAGAAAUUAAGAGUUUAGAAAUUUUACCGAUAUUGGCGGGGGUCAUGUGCAAUUCAAACAGUUACAAGGGUAGGUCAGAAUCUCUGCCAACACCUCUGACAGCAUCCCUGAUGAUUAUUGAAGUUUUAGUAACUGCAUUUGACCAUUGCACAAAUAACAUGCACUUGGCUGAAAUCAGUUCUCCAAAAGUUCUUCACGGGCUCAUAGAUGUUGCAAGAGUUAGUAACAUUGAAGAAUUGAUCUCCUGGGCUACUGUUCUUGUAAAAUGCAUACAAUAUGAUGGACAUUGUAGAAGAUACAUAUCAAAACUAGCUCCUGUCGCUCCAUUUGUCCAUCUCCUAGAGAGUAACAAGAAGCAUGCCAAGUUCAUAGCACUGGAAUUAUUCCAUGAGGUUCUUUGCAUGCCAAGGUCAUCGGCUAUUAUCUUUUUGAAGAGGCUACACCAAGAAGGAAGCACCAACAUUAUGAACUCACUCAUGCCGUGUGUCCGACAAAUCCAACCUCAAUACCAACUUUUGGCAGCAAAUUUGCUGCUCCAUUUAGAUACACUGGAUAACACCACUUGUAAGAGUUUAUUCAGAGACGAAGCAAUGCAGGUUAUCCUCAAGUCAGUGGCAUCUGAAGAAGGUUCUGAUACACAGCUUUUAUCUGCAUUCAUUAUAUCGAAUAUUGGUGGAACAUAUUCUUGGACAGGGGAGCCAUACACAAUAGCAUGGUUGGUUAAAAAAGCAUGUUUGACUUCCUCGUAUCAACGUAAUAUGAUCAAAAACAUUUAUUGGUUGGAUGAUUGCUGUUGGGUCGGGGGACGCCACUCCUGGGAUCCUUUUAAUCUCCUUCACACUCCUCACUUUGAUAGGAAUCUAAGUCCUAAACCAACUUAUUUUAUUUCCUCUGCUGCGUUGUGUGUGUAUGCAUCAAGAAAGGUCAAGGAUAAUUGCAAGAGUAAAAAGGUGAAUUGUCUGGCAGUGGUUCAGGGGAAGAUUUAUGCAGGGUGCAAGGAUUCAAGCAUACAGGAGUUUUCAAUAACGAACAACCGGGCACAAGAGAUCAAAGCAGCGACGAAAUUUUGGAAGCUGCAAAAGAAGCCCAUUAAUGCAAUUUUCACAUAUAAAGAUUGGCUUUACAGUGCAAGUUCAGUUGUGGAAGGUUCAAAUUUGAAGGAAUGGAGAAGACACAGCAAACCCCAAAUGUCGCUAAAAACCGGCAAAAGAGAACGUGUUAUGGCAAUGGGAAUAGUUGAAGACUUCAUAUAUCUCAACUGCAGCUCAGCAACAAACAGCAUUCAGAUAUGGUUAAGAGGGACUCAGCAGAAAGUGGGCAGAAUUUCAGCUGGAAGCAGAAUUACCAGCCUCCUCACUGCCAAUGACAUUAUCCUAUGUGGUACCGAGACGGGUCUGAUCAAGGGUUGGAUCCCCCUAUAGCAUGAAAUACAUCAGCCAGCACGUCUGAGACAGCAAAGAAGGAUGAUGCUUCGUAUUUAUGCCUUAUUUUCAAAUACAGUUGCAUGUAAGGAGCUAUGUUGCGUCAUUGGUUGCUAAGUAUGUAAUAUGCGAUAUCAUUGUUUGUGCAUUGUAUUUUGUAUUCAACAUGUGUACCGAUAUGGUGGUUGAUUUACCCAUAAAGAGAAAGCUAAAAACCCUAGCCUCCCUUCUCUCUCUCUCUCUCUCUCUUUUCCUUACCUCCCCGCUUAUUUUCCCCUUCCCCAUCUAUUGGAUUUGGGGUUUUAAUUGUGGGGGUCGAUUUGUGUCUAGAUCUGCUUUGGAUUUGUGGUUUUGUUGGUUGGUGAUUUAGUUGUAAGGUGACUGGCUGCAAGCUCGGUGAUGUUCUCUGUUUUCAAGGAGGCGACAACAUAUGUGGUGGCGGUGGCAACAAUCGCGGUAGUGGCUCUAUUGGUUUUUGGUUGUUUGUUUGCAGUUUUCUUAUUUUGUAAUAAUUGCAUCAAUUCCUUGUGAGUUGGGUGUUGGGUGUUUGAUUGUUUUCUAGUCUCUACUAAUAUUUUGUACUUGUGAGAGUUAAACGUUGUAGUUGUAUUGGUAGAUUUGGCCCCUGUGAUUCAUGUUUGCCGAAA